AUAAAGGUGGUACGCACCGACAAGACGUGUCCGUGUGUGCGUGCGCACGCGUACGUGUGUCAGGUGGUGACUGUUGCUUCAGGAACAACGUUGUGGAGGGCAAAGGCCGGGGGACGCAGCGGGUGAAGUGUGGCGAGGGUUGAGAGAGGAUGUAGCAAGAGAUGCUGGUAGAGAGGAAGAAACAGGAGGUGGAGAGAUUUACGUUACUGGAUUCACCCGCACACAACUAUGUCAUAUUUGUCUGUAUAUCACACCCGUACACACCAUGCCCGUGUACACAAUAUACAUGACAGGAGCAAGCAGGAGGGAAAGAGAGAAGGAAAGCUCGACAGUCGGUGGGAGUCCGAGGCAGCGGAUGCAGUAGUGAUGGCGGCUGCGUUGGAUGUUUAGCCUGGGCAGGCCAGGUCGGAGGAGAGAAGGAGGCGGACGAGGCAGGUGGGAGAGAAAGAGAGAGGAAGAGAGAGAGAGUGAAAGAGAAAGAGCCAAAGUCGGAAUGGAAAGACAGCCAGGUUGCUCGACGAGGUGGCAGGGGUGAGGGGUGGUGAGGCAGGGAACGGCUUAGCCUGGCGCUGCCUCGAUCGUAGCCACGAGCGGAGUGUUGAGAGAGCAACCGAGAGUCCCGUUGGCCCUGGUGGUCACCCGCACCGGGUGAGGCAUCAUGAAAGCGCGCCAGUCGACCGAGUGUACCUACGGCUGUACGAAAGCAAGCUGAACGCUUCGCUUGCUCUCCCGAUUCUUUCUCACCGACGUCGCGCACCUCCAUCCAAUUUCGGAAUUCGACAUUGACACACGCGGGGACCUCUCAGGGACUUGUCCAGGUGUUCAUCGAGAUCUCGGAAUGACAGAGAUGACAGGCAGAUUGGUAGCGGUUUUACUGAUGAACGAGAUCGCGAGUUUGACGGAUGUUGUUUCUCUUCUCGUUAAAAAAUCAUGAUUUGGGGUGGUGAAGGUGAAGCACGGUCAGUGUCCUUGACGUUCAACGAUUGAUUGAUAUCUUUCGGAAGAAAGACUCAUUUUGUGGAGAAAUAUAGAAAGUUGAUGUGUUGUUUUACGGUGCUUAUUUGAAAUCCGGGUCUUUUGAUUCAUGUUCCAUGACGAUGCGCGCGUAUGUAUCCUUCUCCGAUUUAAAUAAAAAUCUAGGGAGCGGCAAGGACAAUGGCAUCGAAAUAAUGCACAGAUGCGCGUUUCUUUGUUGAGCAAGAUCGAGCAUUUGCAUUCGACAUUUCUUAUUUCUCAUGGGGAUUCCUGGCGGAUCAUUCAAGAUAAUUUCGUGUCAUUGACUUGACGUUUCACGCGAUAGAUAUUCUCACGAGUAAUGUCUUGCACGUGAGCUGCGGUAGAAUAACGGAAGGAAGUUUCUUCUUCAACUGGACGUAUGAAAUAGCAGAACAAUUUAAUCUGCUCAUAAUCCGGCCAUAACUUAAAUUCCGUGUCACAUUUCCGUGUCGUGUUCCGUAUGUUUGAACUCGUAACAUUUCUCUUCAGUGACUUAGAUGAAGCGAUUUCAAGAUACAAGAUACAUGUUGGCUAGAUAUAUGUACAAGUACGAUAUACAAAAGACUAGUUAAAAAUAGCAGUUAAAAAUCACAACGUCAAAUGACACUUAAACACAAUAAUACGAAAACAAGGAACGUCGGAGUAGUAAAUAUAAAAAGAAAUCGUUUGGACCGAUCCUUUUUUGGACAAAAUCACGCGUUUCCGAUCAUCGAGCAAUCUCACGGCUAUUUCCAAUGUUUUGUGAAGCUUGCUUCGUUACCUCAUUGUUGUCACAUUGACCGCGCCGAAGGGUGCCACCCUUGCAGUUCGUUAUUCUGUUCCGCACAUUGGAGUACUCCAAUUGCAAAAUAACGAGGGAGGAAAGUAAUAAAGUUCUGAAAUAAGUCGAUAUCACGUUUCAUUUUGUGAAUAGAUGCCAAGAAAAAGAAGAUGCAGAAGAAAACUGAAUAAAUAAAUAUAUAAAUAGAAAUAUAUAUAUAGAGCACAACAGUGCGAUUUUUACGAGAAAACGAGCAAUUUUAUAAUUAUUUCUUCGAUUCAACGCUUGCUGCAUAUGUUAAUAUAUUAUAAGAUUUUUUACGUCACUUCAAGGAUAACGCGAGGGAAAACAAAGUUGUUUGAUCUUUAAUGAGCGAAGGAACCGGUAUUCCGCUGAACAACAUGAAGAAAGGCAGAAUGAAAAGAUACGAUACACGUAAGAGGUAAAGUAAAGGCAGCUAUUCUUGGCUAAUAUAAUUAUAGCAAUUGCUGAUAUAUCUUUUCAACAUUAGAUAAAAUGUCAAAAUGUACAGAGAAGUUUCAGCAAGAGUGCUGAAAUUAAAAUAUGAAAAUUAAUAUAUAAAAAUAUAUUAUCUAUCUAUAUAAUGUAUCAAUUACUGUCCGUUUCUUAAACAUUAUUUUACACGAAGAAAACGCGAUAAUCAAAACUUAAGCAGGAAGCAUUCCACGUAGAUUGAUACAUAGUUAAAAAAUAAAAAAAUGAAUACACAUAACGCAGCCGAACCGCUUGAAUUUGGUACAAGAAGUCUGCGAUUAGCAUGUCGAGGUGGAAUUUAGUGAAGAAUAAGCGCUAAGAUACAGGAAACCAAUUUAUUUCGAUCCGUUAAAAAUUUACAUAACACUCCGGGACAUCUAACAUAGUGAAUGUGCCGGAUUCGAGUGGGGAGAGGAGGGGAAGGAGGAGGAGAAUCCAAGGACUGAAAGCGGUGACUUUGGAGGUUCCCGCAUCAACUGAAUCAUUGUUUGGGACUCGUGAUAACGCAUGUAGCUUCAGUCAGUUAGAAGACUCGAUGCCACACGGUUCGCCAACUGAUAUGGCAGCCGUUGUUCCUACUAUCGCUAUCCCUCGGCUCCUCCAUCAUCGUCGCCGUUACUACGUCCGAGACCGGCGUAGCUGUCAAACGACCGAACAGGUGUUACCGCGAGGUGCCCGGAGUGGGAUACGCGAUUUCUUGUGAUACCACACGCGCGGCGCGACUACGAAGGAGUGAGUCCCAGUGAGUCGUCGAUCGAUCGAUGUGACACGCACAUUCCUCGCGCAUUCCUCGUUACUUAAUCGGAAAUGUAUUCGUAGGAGUUAAUUACAUCAAGUGUCAGUGAGUGUCCCAAGGUGAGGUGGACCAAGAACAGUUGUUCCAGGAAGAAUUAAGGAUUUUGGAAUUAAUUCAUAUUUAUCAAACAUGACGUGCCGCAAAGUCUCCUAUCCACAACCGAUAUCCAAAUUCAGCGGCAUCCUCCUACUGUCGCUGAUCCUUUUGACCGAGGUCACAUACUCGGCUGAUCUCGCGAUCGAGAUACCAGGCAAUCUAAGCCAGGGUGGUUCCUGGUAUCGUUUGGAUUACAGCCCAAACGUCGGCUCUCCACCGCCAAAUACCACUAUAGCCGCCACCGAGAUCGGUGAUGUCAUAAAGUUUAAAGACGGCCUGCCCGGGACGAGAUAUGAAUAUUGGUUGUACUACAGCAAUAGUACUCUUCACGACUGGCUGACAUGGACCGCCUCGAUUACGACACCGCCCGAUCCGCCCUCAAACUUGACGGUAUCGGUACGAAAUGGGAAAACCGCGAUCGUAUAUUGGUCCCCUCCGGUCCAAGGGAAUUAUUCCGGUUUCCGGUUGCGGACGCAGAGCUUCAGCGACACCGGAAAUCCCAAGACCAGCGUCAUCCCAGUCGACUCGGUGCCGUAUACACUCCGAGAUCUUACACCCGGUGCCACGUACUCGCUUCAGCUCUUCACCGUGCUGGACGCCAAGGAGAGCGUCGCUUACACCAGCAGGAACUUUACGACAAAACCGAAUACUCCGGGAAAGUUUAUCGUCUGGUUCAGGAAUGAAACGACGCUGCUGGUGCUAUGGCAGCCGCCUUAUCCUGCCGGAAUAUAUACGCACUACAAAGUUAGUAUAGAUCCACCGGACGCCAUAGAAUCUGUUCUCUAUGUAGAGAAGGAGGGCGAGCCGCCUGGUCCUGCACAGGCAGCUUUCAAAGGACUCGUUCCAGGUAGAGCGUAUAACAUUUCCGUGCAUACUGUAUCCGAGGAUGAAACGUCCGCGCCCACCACAGCUCAGUAUCGUACAGUGCCGUUGCGUCCCCUCAAUGUGACCUUUGACAAAUCUUCCAUAACGUCGACUUCCUUCCGCAUGUUUUGGAAUCCGCCCAAUGGAACUUCCGAGUUUGACAAGUAUCAAAUAUCCCUUGGCAGUAAUCGGAGGCUCGCGCCUGUCACGCGAAACCGGGACGACGAGAACAGAUGGGAGUUCAAGGAUUUGGAGCCUGGCAAGACAUAUCAAGUGGUCGUGAAAACAGUUUCUGGCAAGGUCACCAGUUGGCCGGCCAGCGGAGAUGUCACUCUGAAACCACUACCUGUUCACGAUCUUAGAGCAGUGAUCGAUGAGAAAACUGGUAUGGUGGAGGUUUCCUGGAGUCCGGAGAAUUCCAGUACACAAGAUAGUUAUAAGUUACAAUAUCACGAAGUGGAAACGACGAUUGGUGGCGAUAGUAAUACUUUGACGACUGAUAAAACAAAGGUUACUCUGGAAGCUCUCCUGCCAGGAAGAAAUUAUUCCAUAAUAGUGCAAGCAAUUAGCAAUAAAGUCGAAUCAAACGAAACCGUCCUGUACCAAGCGACGCGUCCAGCCAGUCCUGUGAUCGAAGAUCUGAAGCCUAUUGAAAAGGGUUUGAAUAUUUCCUGGAAGAGCGAUGUCAAUUCCAAGCAGGAGAAAUUUGAAGUAACCCACAAUAGAAACGACACCGGAGAAAGUGCGACUACUCUGACUACAGAAUCGCAUAUAGUUUUGGAAGAUCUUUAUCCUGGUGCAGCAUACGAAGUCAAAGUUUUUGCUAUUAGUCAUGGACUUCGGAGCGAGCCGCAUGAUUAUAUGCAAGCUGUUCUACCUUAUCCACCGAAGAAUCUCAGUAUCGAGAAAGUUACGAGCAAUACUGUUGUCGUGCAUUGGGAAGCUCCAACGAACUCAAUAUUUACUGAAUACUCCAUUAGAUACCGUACAGAAGAUGAUCCUAGGUGGGUCAAACUCCCAAGCGUUCGUGAUAUGGAAGCGGAAGUCGCGGACAUGACAGCCGGCGAGAGGUAUACUAUACAAAUCAACACUGUCAGUUAUGGCGUCGAAAGUCUGUAUCCGUUACAAGUGAAUCACACAGUCAGACCCAAUCCAGUUUUAAAUAUCACCCCAGUCAUCGACUCUACCAACGUAACUCUCGAAUGGCCGAGACCAGAAGGUCGUAUUGAGAUCUAUGUCAUAAGAUGGUGGCCAGUAAAGAAUCCAGAGGACUCUAGAUCGAAGAAUGUCAGCGAGAAGAAUGUAUCCGAUAUUAGUUUUGAGGGGCAAAUCAGAAAGGUCUUGAUGAGCGACUUAAUGCCUGGAGUACAGUACUUCUUCGUUGUCUACACGAUGUCUUACGAUCUAGUUAGCGACAUUAGUAAUUUAACCACACGAACGAUGCCGCUGAUCCAGUCCGAGGUCGUCGUAGUGGUCGAUCGGGAUCAACCGGGGUCGUUGACGUUGCGAUACACGCCAACACCGAUACAGUCUUCGAAGUUUGAUCUCUACCGAUUCAGGAUUAGCGAUGACGAUAAUACCACGAAAGAGCGUAUGGUAGAUGACACUGACACCAAGAUUACAUUUGUUGGAUUAAUACCUGGCAAAUUGUAUAAUGUGACCGUUUGGACAGUAAGCGAUAAUGUAGAGAGCAGACCUCUCUUUCGUCAAGACCGACUCUAUCCCGAACCGGUCACUGCAAUUCACGCGAUUGAUGUGAAUGAUACGAGGAUCACGUUGACCUGGGACAGCCCGCACGGAGAGUAUGAUACUUUUGAAGUACAAUAUAUAAACACAGAAGGGAACUACAUCCAAAAUAUAACUUCGGACAACACGAUUACCAUCUUCGAUUUGAAACCGCAUAGAAAUUAUACAUUCACGCUGGUUGUACGUUCGGGUACAGAAUCUUCUAACUUGAGAAUCUCAAAUCCGCUCAGCGCCAGUUUCACUACUAGCGAAUCGUAUCCAGGAAAAGUGGAGAAGUUUCAUCCUAUCGACAUUCAACCGAGUGACAUCAGCUUCGUCUGGUCUCUACCUAGUCAGGAACAAAAUGGCAUCAUUAGAAAAUUCAGCAUCACUUACAGCUUAGAGGGUUCAACCUACACUCAAGUGCAGGACUUCAGGCCGAGCGAGUUCCGCGGCGUUAUCAAAUCUCUCGUACCAGGUAAGACGUACGUCUUCCGGAUUCAAGCGGAGACCAAGAUUGGUUUUGGUCCUGAGGCAAUCUGGAAGCAAAAGAUGCCGAUUCUGGCACCGCCAAAGCCCUCUACGCAAGUAGUGCCAACGGAGGUCUGCAGAAGUAGCACGACGAUCCAAAUUAGAUUCAGGAAGAAUUACUUCAGCGAACAAAACGGGGCAGUCACAUCGUACACCGUCAUCGUCGCUGAAGACGAUAGCAAGAACGCUUCUGGACUGGAGAUGCCCAGUUGGAGAGACGUUCAGGCUUACAGUAUUUGGCCACCGUAUCAGGUGAUGGAACCAUAUUAUCCUUUCAAAAACGGAUCUGUGGAGGACUUUACGAUUGGCUCUGAAAACUGCGACAACAAAGUUGGAUACUGUAACGGACCAUUGAAAUCGGGAUCUACUUAUCGGGUGAAGGUGCGAGCGUUUACAGCACCGGACAAAUUUACGGAUACCAGCUACAGCUUUCCCAUCCAAACAGGAUUGCUGCUGGCAGAUAAGGACAACACAGCUAUCAUAGUCGGUGUCACCGUCGCCAUAGCAUUGCUGCUGUUUCUAUUGGGCAUCGGGCUGUUUAUGCGAAGGAGAAGAAGUCAGGGUCGCAAAACGACAGAAACCAGGGCAACCGACAACCUGUCAUUACCGGAUAGCGUUAUUGAGACUAGUCGGCCUAUUAAAGUCGAAGAUUUUGCCGAGCAUUAUCGUACAAUGUCGGCGGAUUCUGACUUCCGGUUUUCAGAAGAAUUUGAAGAGCUGAAGCACGUCGGAAGAGAUCAGCCUUGCACAGCGGCGGAUUUACCCUGUAACAGGCCAAAAAAUCGAUUUACGAAUAUUCUUCCGUACGAUCACAGCAGAUUCAAGCUUCAACCUGUCGAUGAUGAAGAAGGUUCCGACUACAUCAACGCAAAUUAUGUUCCGGGUCACAACUCGCCAAGGGAGUUUAUCGUGACCCAAGGACCUUUGCAUUCGACUCGAGACGAUUUCUGGCGAAUGGCGUGGGAGAGCAAUAGUAAAGCUAUCGUAAUGUUAACGAGAUGUAUCGAAAAGGGCAGAGAAAAAUGUGAUCAUUACUGGCCGAUGGAUACUUUACCGGUAUAUUAUGGAGACAUUUCUGUCACGAUACUAAACGAGACGCACUAUCCGGAUUGGAGCAUUACGGAAUUUAUGUUAUGCAGAGGCGAUGCAAAGAGAAUGAUACAGCACUUUCACUUUACCACCUGGCCGGAUUUCGGCGUUCCCAGUCCACCUCAGACUUUGGCGAGGUUCGUGCGAGCGUUCAGGGAACGUGUUAGGCCCGAUCAGAGGCCGAUAGUCGUUCAUUGCAGUGCCGGCGUAGGUCGUAGCGGUACCUUUAUCACCCUUGACAGAAUACUACAGCAAAUUCUCGUAUCGAAGUACGUUGACAUCUUCGGAAUCGUCUGGGCGAUGAGGAAGGAGCGAGUCUGGAUGGUUCAGACGGAGCAGCAGUAUAUCUGCAUUCAUCAGUGUCUUCUUGCUGUCCUGGAAGGACAGGAUACUACUGGACCACCACGAGAGAUUCAUGACAAUCAGGGAUUCGAAGGCAAGAAUCGAAGCUCGGUCGAAAACACUAAGAGUCCUGCCGAGGAUGAGAAGGAGAGGUGACCUUCGAACAGCGACUCCUGCGUCGAUGAUGACGAAGGAAUAGCCGAAUCGGGGAUGUGAUGGUUCGAUUACUGGUUAGAAGUAAUAACUGAUGACGGCAAAAACGGAUCUCGUUUUCUAAAGAAGCUUGAAUCUUCAAGAUUCUUCAAGUUUAUCUGGAAAAGAAAAACGUGGAAAGAAAAUGAUUGGAUUGGAUAGAAACAAAGGCAAGAAACGUAAUAAUAACGAUUUCACAUUGGAUUAAUUAGAUAUCGUAUGCAGAACAGUGUAAAUCGAUUGAAGGAAUUUCUUGGAAGAUUAUCGAAUAGCGUUAAAUG